CAACAAAAUCUACACAGGGCUUUUAGCAUGCGUGCCAUCCUUUCUUACCGGACUUCUCCACAGCUGACCGUGAUGUUAGCAAUUUUGAUAGCUUCUGCUUUUACGUUUGGUUUUGCUCUUGAAAACUUUCAAGAUCAGCAAUACUUGGUACCUAAGAGCGCGGUCAAAACGAAUCGUCCAAUUAUAGGUAUUUUGACUCAAGAAACCAAUGCCAACCUUACGCAAUUCGGUUACCAAUACCUUAGUGCUCUUUACGUGAAGACUUUGGAAUCUGCAGGGGCUCGAGCUGUUCCAGUUUUUGUCAAUUCCAGCACACCGGAAAUAGAAAAUAUGUUUCAUUCUUUAAAUGGGUUGAUCUUUCCGGGAGGCCAUGUGAAGUUAAAUAUAUCUAGAUACACAACAGUCGGAAGGAAGUUCCUAGACCUUGCUGUUAAGGCCUACGAUGAAACAGGAGACGUAUUUCCUAUAUGGGCCGAGUGCCUGGGAUUUGAAUUGAUUGCUCUUAUAGUUGGUGGAAGGGACUUAAAGUUUGGUCAAUACGACCAGUCGUUCCUCAGCCUCACAGAUGCAAGAAACAUCAGUUUAAAGCUUAUUUUAUCUCCAGACUUUAAGUCAACGAAACUGUUAGGGUCUGCCCCUGAUAAUGUCAUAAAGUACAUGACACAAAAUGAUAUCAAUUACAACAAUCACAAUAGAGGUUUGACGCCCGAGGUAUUCCAUAAAGAUGAAAAGUUGAGUGAGUUUUUUAAAAUAGUUUCCACGAGUAAUGACAGGAAAGGAAAGCCGUUUAUCUCUACUAUGGAAGCUCUUAAAUAUCCUAUUUACAGUUUUCAGUGGCAUCCGGCGAAGCCUCUGUUUGAGUGGACAACACUAAAAGACAUCAGACAUACAGAGGAGGCUGUUCUGAUAGCACAAUAUUUCGCAGACUUUUUUGUAAAUCAAGCUCGUUUAAGUGACCAUCGAUUCCCGAGCACAGAAGAGGAGAAAAAGGCAUUGAUUUACAACUAUUCACCAACAUACACUGGAGAUGUCGUAUCAGUGUUACAGAUGUACUUUUGGUGAUAAAGAGCCUCCUUGAAAUAACUGAAGUAUGCUGAUCCUUUUUAUGCCGGAGGCAUUUUUUAUGCUGUGUAUUUUCGAGUUUACGGGUACAAGAUGUGUGGAAAGCAGAAGUUGAGAAGUUUGGCCACUUGCUAUGAGCUUUUGAACUACCUUCUUGGAUAGGCUAAUGUCACCUUCCAUUCUAAAUUUCAAUAUUAGCUUGCAAGGGAAGCUCAUACACUGAACCGAACUAUUUAUAUAUAAAGCAGCUUGCAUGGCAUCUGUCUCGAACAGUAAAUCUAUAAACAUAGAUAGACCUUUUACUCUGGUAGUUCAAAUAAAACAUGUCUUUUUUUUUUCUAACCAAACAAAGCCAGAAGCCCAUUUCCAUGAAAGAGUAUUUAAUAACUGUGUUCAUUAAAUAGAUUUUAAACAAUUUUUGAAUACCUUAAAUUCUUUGAAAUCGUUGUACUUUUGCUUUCGAAGACAAUACAAGUUACAAACGCU